GAUUGAUGAUUCAUCGGUCCAGCUAUUGGUCAUACAGUGUUACCCUUUCUGCAGCCCUAAAGAUCAGGACUCGUUCAGUUCGCUGCCACUUCCUUGGGCCCAUCCUCGUGCAUGCGGCCUUAGAGCCCCUCAACCAUUAUGCAGCCUACACCGUCAACUCCACGGCAGACCGCCCCCAGCCCUAGCAAGCGUUCUGCUCACAACGGCCGAGCUGCUGAUACCAAUUCGGGAACAACCCGUGCCUCUACCAACCUUGAAACUCCCCGGCCGGGCAUGAAGCCGGACGAAGGUACAGCAAGCAGAUCAGGAACGCCCAAGUCCGCGAAACGGCGCAAACCGCGACAUCGGAAACGCCGCAAUCGCCGACAGUCUUUUCUCGGUGAAGAAUCUCAUCCCGACGCGGCUGGAUCGUCGGCCGCUGAUCCUGAGGAUCUGAGCACGAUGGCAGCAAGGCAGACCAACACGCAGGCACCCUUGCCCUUCUACAAUCUGAGGCGGGACCUCAGCAGCACGAGCUUGGAGAGCGAGGCCUUGCUGGAUCAUCGUAAUCAACCGUCUAUGCGGCCUCGGAGAGACAGCCGCCUGGGGCAGUCCUUUCGACCAGGGUCGUCCGCGACCCCUUAUCGUCUCACGGAGGCCGGUUCUCGCGGUCUUAUUUCGAGGGGAAAGUCUUAUCGGGCAGAGGAUGACAGCGACGGAGAAGAUGUGAAUGACCGAACGCCACUGAUCCCGCCAUCUUCGGUCCAUAGCCCGACUUUGCCGCGAUAUGGGACUGAUUCAAAGUCCAGUCCGUUCUCUUUCCGUCAACGACGUCCUUCAGGCCAGUCUGGCUCGUCCAGAUGCUCGCCGCGGGCGAUCCCAAGCCCUGGCCUCGUGGAGCAGGAUCGUGAUUAUGAUAUCAACAAUCCACCGUCCAUGCCUACAUCGCCCAAACUCGGACCGGAGAUGAACUACGACGAUGCGGUGGUCACGGGAGCGGAAUUCGACUUCUUGCUGGCGAAAUCUAUCGACAAUCGCAUGGAAAACCUAGCUCGUUCACAUGAUGUGCUGAUUGACGUGGAUGCCGGUGGGGCCAAAGGACCCCAGCCGUCUAUAGGGUCUUCACCUCCCUCACCGCACAUGGCUCCUCAGGACGGCCUCCGGCGUCGGAAGACCAUGCCUGCGGAAGAAGAUGUCUGCUUCCCAACGGAAGCAGCAUCCGAGCUCGCGGAAGAGGACGAGCUGAGGGCGCCCCGGGAAGAUCACCGCCGACGUCGGCGCCAUCGGGAAUGGCCCGAAUUGUCCGUUCUGGAUGAAUGGAGUCGACAGGAGAAAGAGGAGCGAUCCGGUGCUCUUCGUGCCAAGACGAUCAGCGAGCCCAUGCUUGUGGAGGGCCGUCUUCGUCCCCAGUAUCGGCUCUGGCGCCGGGAAGAGGAAGAAGCGCCUUAUCGGUUCACGUACUUCAACGAGGAGUUCCAAAGUACCAUUCAUGCGCAAACGAUUUCCGAAUUGGUGCAGCCAGGCGGUAGCUUUCGCGAGUUGUUCAUUCCCGAUCCACCCGAGCUAGAUGUGUCGUCUGAUGAAGAAGAGGACGAUCAUGAAGACCACCACGGGGAAGAGACGCCGGUCAACAAUCACGGCAGCCACCAUGGCAGCCAUAGCGGCAACGGGCACGCUAAUGGGAGCAAUCACGGCGGUGAGACCAAUAAUCAUGGCAACAACACCCCCAAACAACAUCCACGGAUGUCGGUCAUCAGUGAAGCUGUUUCGGAGGCCCGUACGUCAACCGACGUCUCCCCUGCACGAAAACAGGGUCAACCGAAGCCUAAGCGCUACGGACCCCGGCCAACCUUCUGGCUCGAUGUGCUCUCCCCGACUGAUGCGGAGAUGCGGGUGCUCGCAAAGACAUUUGGCAUCCACGCCCUGACGACCGAGGACAUCAUGAUGCAGGAGGCGCGCGAAAAGGUGGAGCUGUUCCGGAACUACUACUUUGUCAACUACCGAACAUUCGAACAAGAUCCCAACAGCGAGAACUACCUCCAGCCGGUGAACAUGUACGUGGUGGUCUUCCGCGAGGGGGUCCUCUCCUUCCACUUUUCGCAAACGCCGCACCCGGCGAAUGUGCGGCGGCGCAUCCGGCAACUGAUGGACUACCUGAUCCUGAGUUCGGAUUGGAUCUCCUAUGCGCUGAUUGAUGACAUCACCGACGUGUUCGGUCCCUUGAUUCAAGCCAUCGAGGAUGAGGUCGACGAGAUCGACGAAAAGAUCAUGCAGAUGCACUCGGAUGAGCGGGGGAUUGUGCCCAAUACCAAGGAUGACGAGAAGGAUAGUGUCGCAACCUCGUUGUCGCCGGGCGAAAUGCUUCGACGGGUGGGAGUGUGCCGCAAGAAGGUCAUGGGCAUGUAUCGACUGCUAAGCAACAAGGCGGAUGUCGUCAAAGGGUUUGCCAAGCGGUGCAACGAACAAUGGGAGGUCGCGCCGAAGUCGGAGAUCGGGCUGUAUCUGGGCGAUAUCCAGGAUCAUAUUAUGACAAUGACCAGCAGUCUGACCUACUACGAGACGCUUCUAUCCCGGGCGCACUCAAACUACCUGGCGCAGAUCAACAUUCUGAUGAAUGAGCGGCAAGAACAGACAGCUGACGUGCUGGGGAAGCUGACGGUGCUGGGAACGAUUGUCUUGCCGUUGAACAUCAUCUGUGGUAUGUGGGGGAUGAACGUCAAGGUACCGGGGCAGGAUGUGGAUAGCCUGACCUGGUUUUGGUCUAUUACUGGAGGAUUAAUCCUGUUUGCUUUUGCGUCGUUCUACAUUGCCAAGCGCGUGUAUGGGAUUGUAUAGAGGAGUGGGAGUUGUGCUUUGGCGUGCUGCUUUUGGAAAGCUUCUUUGGAGUAAGAUCGGAGGGGGUUUUACCGUGUGACAGGCGGAGGUCGUGUGAUACGCUUGCUGUCAUUCUUAUUGUUAGGAUCAUUUCUGCUCCGGAAGUUCCUAUUGUUACCGAUUUAUCCAUUCAUUGCUCCUUGCUUCCUGUAAUUGUCCAGUCUUCCCGGGUCUUGCGAUUGAUUGAUGGAUGGAUGGAUGGGGAUUGUAUGUACUGUACGUACUGUUAAG